AUGGUAAUCAAGCAUUGUGAUUUGUCUCACAAUCAUGAUCUUUAUCCGGAUCACACCCGGCUAAUGGCGAACUAUCGAUGUAUUGAUGAACAAUCUUUUCAAAAGAUGGUUCUGAAUGAUGCAACUGGGAUAUCUUUGAAUAAGAGCUUUAACUCGCUUGUGAUUGGGAGUGGAAGACAUGCAAAUGUAUCAUACAAUCACCGCGACCUGAGAAAUGCAGUGAACUUGGAACGUAGGCGUACCAUAUUUGGAGGUGAUGCAGCUGCUGUUGAAGCACACUUUAAGAAAAUGCAUGAAUUCAAUAAAGACUUCUACAGUGCAAUCCAAACGGAUCAAGAAGGGAAGCUCUUGAACGUUUGCUGGGCUGAUGCAAGGUGCAUGGCACAAUACAAAGAUUUUGGAGAUAUUAUCACAUUUGAUACAACUUUCCUAUGCAACAGGUACAAAAUGCCUUUUGCUCCUUUUAUUGGCUGUAAUCAUCACGGCUCAUCAACCGUCCUUGGUGCUGCCCUAAUAACCCACGAGGAUGCAGAAUCAUUUGUUUGGGUAUUAGAACAAUGGCUGCAGUGUAUGGGAAAACCCCCAAUGGGCAUCAUCACCGGUCAGUGUAAGCCUAUUGGAAAGGCAGUCCAGACUGCAUUUCCUGGUGUGCCGCAUAGGUUAUGUGUUUGGCAUAUUAUGCAGAAUGCAAGCAGAAACUUGGGCAAGUAUUCGAGCUGGAAAGAAAUAGAUAAAGAUUUUCAAGUAGUCGUGCACGACACACUGACCAUCGAAGAAUUUGAGGAUGCAUGGAAAUCCAUGGUUACGAAAUUUGGGUUACAGAUUGACAAAUGGAUAAAUGAAACUUAUCGUAUUCGGGCCAGUUGGGCCCCUGGUUAUUGGCGGAGCUCAUUUUGGGCUGGAAUGUCAUCAUCACAACGGAGUGAAGGAAUGAACCGCUUUUUCAAAACAUAUGUAGGCUUAAACACGUGUUUGGUACAAUUCAUGAAGCAAUUUGAGGCAGCUCUUAGAGGAAAAGUGGAAGAGGAAAAGAAGUUAUAUCUCGACUCACAAAAUAAACCAUAUACUUAUAACAACACCCCAAUUGCGGAGGUAGUGUUCUGCAAGGCAUACACCAAUACAAAGUUUAAAGAGGUGAGGGGUGAGGUGAUGGGUCUGACGCACACAAAUAUUGUGAGUACUGGCCGUGAUGGCACAAAAUUCUUAUAUGAUGCGGUGGAGAAGAUCCCAAUCCCCAUACAUAAAGCAAAGCAGAAGACUUUUCAGGUUACCAUUGACAAAGAAAUGGGUGUGCACAUCAUUCGGGCGAUUCAUAGUGAGGAUGUCAACUCUAUACCUGAUAAGUACAUUUUGACUAGAUGGAGGAAAAACGUAGUUAGGGAUUACGAGAGUAUCAAGGUUGAGUAUUAUGAACCAAAUGACUCAACCCAAGUGAAAAACAGUAGGGAGGUAGCAAAACGGAACAACUACAUUUCUACGUUGGCACUGCACAACAGUGAGACACUCUCGAUUUUUAUGGAAGCCACUGAAAAAAUGCGUGAGAGUCUUGAAGAUACAAUUGGUAUUAAGACGACUGAUGGUGAUGAUUUUAUGGACUGGUGGGACCCUUCGAGUAAGAGGGUGUUUGGCCGCCGUAGGUUAAGGCCAAAGGAAAACAAUAAACAACACCUCGAACGCUCCGCAGUGCCAGUUGAAGGGGCCAGUAAAGAUCCGACAGACCAAAGAGGCAAAGGUAGGGCUCAAGAGAAAAGGAAAAAGCACCCAGCUGAGAAAAGAACAAGGAAAAGGCGAAAAAAUGUUGUGCACGACACAGACGAGGAUAUGGACGAGGAGAGUGAUGAGGCAUUGCCAAAUGGAGAACAAGGCCAUGUUGAUGCUGGUAGAAGUGCUGGUGGAACUGAUUCUUACUACGUUGCUGCCACGAGCCUUGCAUUGUCUCAACAACAGGCCAUAGCAACAGCAAUUGUAGUGCAUACAAGAGCAAGCAAUGGCAGCCGCUGCAGUGGACACACACACGAACAACAACAGCCACUGCAGCAGUUUAGAGCUGCUGUAUUCGUGCCCGUGCAGCAGCCCCGUGGGCUCUCCAACAUGUGCCUUGGCAGCAGCAACAUAAGAGCAUAUAUAUCAGCUAUAUCCCUGCAGUAUUACACGCCAACAGCAGCAAGAAAAGCCACAGAAACAGCCCACAAGUGCGCUCAAACAGCAGCCAUAGCUGCUGUACUUGUGCGCACAAACAGCCUUGUACAGGCCUUGCAGCAGCCCCUUUUGAGCUCGUUUUCACGAGCCUUGCUUGCCCCUUUGAUAGUGGCUGUGCACAAGCAUAGAAUAGCUUACACAACACUGAAUAUAACACGCAACAACAGCAGCAAUCGAACAAAUACAGCAGCUACACGAGCAUCUACUUGGCUGCUGUUGUUUGAGCUUCGCUGCUGCUCACUUGAGUACCUUGAUAGCAGCCUUGUAGCUACACAACAGCAGCAAUAA